AUGGGCAAACUACAAUCUAAGCACGCCUGCAAGCGCAGAGAGAAUCCAGAAGGGGACAGUUUUGUUGUGAACGCUUUCUUGCGGAGGGGAUUGGACGAAUCUGAACGCUAUGGAGGAAUGGAUCACAAAUUGAAGAGCAUGCAGGAGUUCCAUAAUGGGCAUGUGAAACCAGGUCACCUCGUAGAUCAGCACUGCCCCCUUGAGGUGGCUCUCCCUCCUGAGAAGACGGAGGGCUGCGAAAACUACCUACAGUACCUUCAUGCGGACGAUGCCGAGCGAGACAUGAAAGCGAGUGGAAAGAAACGCAUCAGUCUUGAUGACUUGGAAUGUGAUGUUUCGGUAGAAGAUGACAACCGCCAGGAGUGGAUAUUCACACUUUACGACUUUGACAACAGUGGCAAAGUGACAAAGGAGGAUAUGUCCAGCCUAAUGCACACCAUCUAUGACGUAGUGGAUGCCUCCGUCAAUCACUCCUGCCAUAAUAAAAGCAAGACUCUACGUGUGAAGCUGACCGUCACUCCGGAGCCGAGAUGCCACAAAAGAGAAACAGGAACAGAUCGCCUCAACCAAGAGGAGGGUCGUUCAUCUGACAAGCGCAUGUCUGCCUACAUCAGCAGGGGGCAAAGCAAUGAAGCCCCAACCACUGAAGGCCAGCAUUACUGUGUGGAUGAGAACACCGAGAGGAGGAAUCACUACCUGGAUUUGGCUGGCAUAGAGAACUACACUUCCAGGUUUGAAGGAACAGGCCCUCCCCAGGAGAGUCAGGGUCGAAGCUCCCAGAGCCAGAGUCGCUCCCGCUCCCACGAGCCAGAAGCCCCGAUCGCCCACCAGCGGCGCUCGCAGGUCAUCGGCGACGGUUACAACCCCACAGAGUUUCGAGGGAAAGGAGCACAGUUUGUGAAAUCCCCCAAGGGAACCAACAAAGGAGGGAAUAGCAGCGGCGGUGUGGGUAAAUCCACUAAAUGUCACGGCUACCACCCUCCCCUGCAAACCGUGUUGCACGGUGGCACUGCGGCCGCCCACGGGGGUCAGGAUGUAUACCACUUAUCGCACCAGGUUCAAGCGUCCGGCCACCAUCAGCACCCUCUACAGUACAGUCACAGCAAACGUGUCAGGGCCAAAGCCCGGGAGGCGCUUUCCCCAACCAAAACGCCCAUUUCCCCGCAGCCUCAUCCUCAGGGUCCGUCCACUUUGCCCUCUGUGCUACCGGGCCUGGAGAGAGAGCAGGUGGCCGGCCACCCGGGCAGCCCGGGCUUUGUGGUUCCUGUGGUCCAACGCCACGAGCACCAUCAUCACCAUGAACACCAUCACCACCACCACUACCAUCAUUACCACCAGACAUGA